UGUAUACGUUUUUCAGUGGUAUUUGUUUGAUAUUUAAAUUUUCUUUUCCUUUAAACCAGGUGAGGGUCUUAGUCGGCUCCAUACACCAGGUCUGUGCUGAGAGAAUGGCUAACUUAGUGGUAAAAAGUCAGAUUCGUGUGACCACGCAGAAUGGACCUUGCCACGUGGAGUUACUGUUAGGGGACAUUACAAAGCUCCCCCUACAGGAGAAAGUCGACAUCAUUGUGGUGUCGGCUUUUCCAGGAGAUUAUGCCGCUUCUAAAGGCACACUGAUCGGAGCUCUGCAUCAUAACCUGGGUCUUAGUGUUUGGAAACUGUCGAUGGAGAAAGAAAUGGAUCUACGGAAACACUUUCACUGCUGGUUGUCUAAGACUUUACCAGAGGACGUACCAUACAGACGAUUGGUCUGCUUCGAAAGACAGAUCACCAAAAUGAAUACUCACCCAGCUCACCUGGUUGCGGACAUGUUCAGAGGUCUGACGCCUGUCUUUAACAACCAAGAUUCUACCAUGAUCACACCACUGCUAGCUACAGGAAUGCAGGCUUUUUCUUUUUUGACCAUGAUGAGGUCAAUGGUGGAUGCUGCCUGCAGCUGGAUGAAAGCUGGCUUACCCUUACGCUGCCUCAAAAUUGUCCUCUUCUCUGAAAACACAGACAGAAUCCCAGAAGGAAUCAAAGACCUGGUCUCAUUGUUUGAAAAGUUAAAGAGCAAGUGGGAGAAAAAAGGGGUCUCUUUAAAGGCAUCCUCUGUGCAAUAUGAUAUCUAUUUGUCCUACAGUACAAUGGAUGAAGAGAGAGUGAACAUAAUCAAGAUGAUCUUGGCGAAGCGUUACAAAAGUAUCAAAGUGUUUUCUGAUAAACAAGAGAUGUGGGCUGAACAAGCUUGGCAGGAAGCCAUGUAUGAGAAAAUGACAGCUUGCAAAAGAAUUGUGGCCCUUUUGACGCCGGCUUAUUUGGAGUCUCCUAACUGUUUGGAGCAGUUUAACAUUGCGUUGUGUUGUACUCGCCUCCAGUCUCUCAUACUACUCACCCCGCUUUAUUUGGAGAAUGUGUCGUCCAUGCCUGUGUACAUGCAGCUCGUCCAGUACAUUGACUGCAGGGCAAACCCUCCGGAGUGGCCUAUAGAGAAGCUGUUGAGCCAGGCGUGCGAGUCUAUCACCCAGUCCAUCACUCAGACGAGCUCAGAGACACAGCCACACCUGCCUAGCACUCUGGUCACCUAUGAUGUCUUCAUUUCCUACUCUCACCAGACUCCAGAUGAAGCUGAACAGUUUCGUGACUACCUACAGACACAUUCUCCAUCCACAAAGGUGUUCUUUGAUAGAAGUGGAUUAGUGGCGGGUAUGAGCUGGCAGAAGACCUUAUACGGUGUACUGGACAAUGUCAGGUGUGUCCUGGCUUUUGUGACCACCCCUUAUCUCCAGUCAGCUGUGUGUCAAGAGGAAUACAACAUUUCAUUGGCAAGGGCGAUGUCGCAGGAUGACAACAUGUUGUUCUUACCAGUGUGUGUGGAUGAUGACCUAGAGCAGAUUUCUCUGCCAUUUUGUGGUGUUAAGAUGCUGGAUGGGCGUGGGAAGAAAUACACAGCCUUGAUUCCGGAUUUGAGCCGAGAUCUUGUUACCUGGUUAGAAAGGGGUGACCAAAGUCCUUUGUUUCCAUCUCCAGAGAAAAUAUUGGAUGUAUCUGUCGUCACAGAGGAAUUCCGAAAGAUGGAACUAAAACGCCAUUUUGACAUGACAAAGAAAACUUUACAGAAGAAAUCGUUUAAUCUUGAUGGAAUUGCCCAAGGUACAGAGCAGGAUGGGAUAGGCUGUGAUGUCCACUUCUGUUACUCUCAAGAUGACACCCGAUUGGCCGCAGUGCUAAGUCAGAUGAUAUCUGACAUCAUCCCAGACGUAACUGUUAGUUUUGGUGCUGGGACACCUCAGGAACGUUUUCAGAAGCUGGACACAGCUGGACGCAUCGUUGUUUUCAUCAGUCCGGCACUGCUCUUAUCCCCUCAGCUAGUGGACGAGCUUCACAUGGCUUUGUGCCGUCACAGGGUGGCCACCAAAGGGCCUCUCAUCUACACCGUGCAAACUGGCCCCCUCGACCCCAAACCUGUGUUUUUACAUCUCUUACAUUAUAACCUCAGCUUACAUGACAAGAUGUGGCAAGAAUUAGCUGCAAAAACUCAGGUGCUUGACAGUCACCGCACUGUGGUGAUCAGAGGUGGGCUCCGGGGCUCCUACAGUUGCUCACAUAUGGAAACUGUAGGCUUGCGAAAAGCUUGUCUUGACUUAGCAGAAGAAAUUCUACAUCAAAGAUCUGGCAAGAAAACUUCUUCAGUAUCCCAGAAUGGAAAUCUCUUGAAUGUUAUUCAGGUGGAUUUACAACAAAGUCUCCAACCAGAUAGAGAGACUUGUCCUUUGACUGAGGCCUUGUGGAAUUGCACACCAGAGCUGAAACAAACAACAGAUGUCGAGGACCGGAAAUCCAAAGAUGAAUCUGACAGAAAAAAAUCUGAUGUCAACUCAGAACGUCCAUGUGUGGAAUCAUCGACCAAACAUGGGCCGGAAAAUGAGCAACUCUCAAACUGUAGGCCUAUUAAACAUUGACAAGGGGCAAAUAAGCGAUGAACCAUCCAUGACAAGAGACACAGUUCCAGCUCAGGGAGAGGACAUAAACAGUGAUAUCUGCUGGAAAAAAAAGUUCAUAUUCCUGUGUGUUGGUUUAGUACGUGGAUUAAUAUGCAGCUGUGGGGUUAGAGUUUUGAUGAAAAGAAUGGCGUUCCAGUGUAAAAUGGCACCGCUCCUAUACGGAACUGUAGGGUUUACUUACCUUUUCUUAUCUUUUAACGUAGCAUUAUUGGUAUUUAGGUUAAACUACCAACAGAUUCUUGUUAUUUUUGCAGUACAUGUAUUUGACAAGCAAACCCAUCCAAGAACAUAAUUUGUAAGAAUAAUCAAAUCUUGUGUACGUAGUUUUCCAAAUUGUAUAUACCACCACGUGUUAAAAUUGACAGAUUGAUCCUACCGUUCCAUAAAACGAUGAUGUGACGUCACAAAGGAACGUCACUCUGUUGCAGUAAGGUCGCAUCUCGAAAUGUGCAUGUUCACCACAGUGCCAACCCGAGUGCCUCAUUGUCUGGGUCACUUGUGAAGCUUAAGUGAAAACAUAACUAAGUUAACAAUUAGUAUGACCACUUGCCAAGGCAUUACUAGUAGAAUGCACGUAUCUCUGAUUUGCAUGUACCUUGAAUAUCAGUAGUGACACAUAUUAGCAUGGUGCAGGGGAAAUAGAACCUACAAGUGUCAUUGGGUCAAGUGUCCAAUUAGGAGCGUGUCCAAUAAAGUUGGGCUGAAAGAGGCCCUCUCAAAAGCCAUUCCAUCCAUUGACAAUCCCCACCUGUACCCACCCUAUUCUCUGCUGCCAUAAUUGUACAUUCACAGAAUCUCAUGUGUUUAAUGUACAGUAAGUGUUGUUAGAAUUCUCAGUGGAAUUAUUCCUUUGCAAAAGUCUUGCAGAUAUGUCACCUAGAGCACCUUGUUCUUGUUCCUAAACGGUGAUAACUCUUUGAUAUUACAUUUCGUGAGUGCAUGUAAUAAGGGGCCACCUUUGGCUGCGUAACAUACAAAUACGGGUAAAUUUUGUUGAUUAUAAUUCUUUUGUUCAUUAUAAUACAUUAAACAUGUGUAGCCAAUUAGUGCUAAAAGUGAACAGUUCAGUCAUUUUC